CCUCCCUCCCCCUCCACCCCCUCCUCUCUGAGUCCAUCAUGGUGUGAGGAGGAGAUGGGCAUCGUGCGGUGCCUUUCUCACCGACCCCAGAACCUCCCGCUCGGUCACAGCGUCCCGGCCCGUUGGGAGGCGGCGGACGGGCUGAAGGAGGAGAAGGAGGAGAAGGAGCAGCGGAGGCGGCCGCGGCGCUCCGCCCGCUGACAGGUGGAGGUGUUGGAGGCGCAGCAGCGUCAGCCUCUCCGGCAUCGCAGAACCGCAUCACCGCUCCUGCCGCUGCUGCGGAACCAUGAAGACGCCGCGCCGCGCCGCGCCUGCGGCAGCUCGACCCGAGCGGAGCUGAAGCGGCGAAGAUGAGCGCCGAGCUGCGGCCAGACGAUGACAGCUACAUUGUGCGCGUGAGGGCGGUGGUGAUGACCCGGGACGAGUCCAGCGGCGGCUGGCUGGCGCAGGACGGCUGCCUGAGCCGGGUGGGCGUGUGCCGGCUGCUGUCCAAUCAGCUGCAGGGACGCACCAGCUUCCUGAUCCACGGCGAGCGCCUCAAAGACCGGCAGGUGAUUCUGGAGUGUUUCUUGAAAAAGGACCUGGUCUACACAAAGGCCACCCCCACGUUCCACCACUGGAAGGUAGACAACAGGAAGUGUGGCCUGACCUUCCAGUGCUCGUCUGACGCGCGAGCUUUUGACCGCGGGGUGAGGCGGGCUCUGGAGGACCUGGCAGAAGGUUCAACAACAUCUUCAUCAACGCUGCAGAAUGAAGCGGAGCUCGGAGACGAUGACGUCUUCACGACGGCCACCGACAGCUCGUCCAACUCGUCUCAGAGGAGAGAGCCCAGCAUGCACGUGUUGGCGCCGGCCCAUUUCUGUGAACCGCGUCGGCACCACUGCAUCCUGGGACAUUUCUACGAGCACCACCGGCCCUCGGACCACUACUUCCUGGACCCGGCGGUGCACAUCUUUCCUCGUCAUGUCAACUUUCCUCUGGAGGAGGAGGACAUCGUUCGCAUCAGCCCUCGCGAGCGAACCUGGCUCACCGGAUACGAGGACUAUCGUCACGCCAACUCCACGCGUGACAAACUCAUGCAGCCACACAACCCGGACACCUGCGUGCACUUCGCCAAGAACGACGCGCCCAAACACGACUACGCGUACCCGUACCCCCUGAGCUGCGGCGUGCAGCGCGGCUACGACAGCAAGCCGGGCUGCCUGGAGACGGCCGGCGGCCGCAGGGCGGUGGUCACGCUGCAGCCUCGGCCUCCUGCGUCCAAAGGGAAGAGCCGCACGGAGGACGAGGAGCGCCUGCGCUGCGUCUACUGUCAGGACACGUUCAACCACGAGGACAACGGGCGGGGCCGGUGCCAGGAGGCCCCCGACCCCAUCCAGACCUGUAUCCGCCGGGUCAGCUUCAUGUGGUGCGCCGACAGCCUGCUGUACCACUGCAUGUCCGACCCGGAGGGCGACUACUCGGACCCGUGCUCCUGCGACACCAGCGACGAGCGCUUCUGCCUGCGCUGGACGGCGCUGGUCGGCCUGUCGCUGGUGGCGCCCUGCAUGUGCUGCUACGCUCCCCUGAGGGCGUGCCACCGCUGCGGCGUGGCCUGCCACUGCUGCGGCGGGAAGCACCGGGCGGCGGGGUGAGGCGCCGCCGGCCCCGCCCCCUCCACAGAGACCACAUAGAAACCUGUUGUCCUGUUGUCCAUGUGGUCCGUUUGUAGAAGGAAGUGAAACUUCGUGUCAGCCGUUGUGCUUUUUCUGUGACUCCGACCAAAAGGCUCCGUGAAGAAAAGCUGCCGGUCAAAGUGUGGACGCCGCGCUGGUGCAUCAGGGCUGACGGCGCAGAAAACCCGCUUUUACUUCCACAGGGAAACGAAGGCUGCAUUUCUGGUGAUGCUGCGGCACCACGCUGUUCAUCUGGAAGACGGUGCUUCAUUUUCCUGGUUUUACGAUAAAUCAGACGUUCACAGAAAAUAUGAAAAGUAUCAAACUUUUCACAUUUCAACUAUUAAGUAUGAAAAUUCAUGCUACACGUAGUGAUAUAUGUCGUUAACUCUGACGAUUCUUGCUUAAAGCUGAGGAAAAUCACACCAGGCCAAUAAAAAGAGCGCGAUCUGAAUCUUCACAGGCCUCUUUCUGUCCUGGUGGCCUGAGCCACACUUUUUCCUUCCACUCAACCUUUCAUUAGCAGAACUCGGUGUGUCGGGUUUCCAUCCGCUGUAAGCCAGAAUCAUUGAAAUGAACACAAAAUACAGGCUGUUCCCCCUGUAUAGCAUUAGAGGCUCAGUCUGAACUGAAUUACUUGCACCAAUUAACUCAUUAAGGUGAUUUGUAGACCUGGUCCAAUCAGCAACGCUGCAGCUAAAAUGGGACGGACGGUUUGGUGAAAUAAGUUCACCUUCAGCUCGGUGCUGUUUCCACAAACUUCACUCAAGCUGGUAACCUUUUUCUUUCCAAUGCAGAGGGGUCCAGAAAUGUGGCCCUGGGGCCUUGUGUGGCCCCUGGACUGAUUCUAUGUGCUCCCCAGCAGCAGAGGUGGUAGAUGCAGGUGGAGACAGGUAAACUCUUCUUAAAGUGGCAACACCAGAACAGCAGAAAGCCUCCCUUUUCAUAACUGUUUAAUCUAAUCAGGCGUUUCCAUCUGCUGCCUGA